AGCCAUAAAAAUGUAAAAUGUUUCGGAUUUAGUUUCGAAUUUAUCUGACGACUCGAUCAUAAAUCGAGAAUAUCAAAAUUUUCAAUUUUUAAAUUUGCGACCAAGUCUCUGGAAGAUGGCGGCGAACCCACAACGAGAUUUUCCAGAGGCAUACGAGCUCUGCAAGAAGUUCGACAUAAGCGAUGCAAACAUGGAGGAGAUCGUUCAACGCUUGACCAAGGAGAUCAAAAUGGGUCUGGCCAAGGAUACGCAUCCGCGAGCUGUGGUCAAAUGCUUCAUCACCUAUGUGCAGGACCUGCCCACGGGCAAGGAGCGUGGCAAGUAUUUGGCUCUCGAUUUGGGCGGCACAAAUUUCCGUGUGUUGCUGGUGACGCUGCGAAGUGAAACCGAGAUCGAUAUUGAGUCCAAGAGUUAUGUGAUUAGCCAUACACUAAUGGAGGGUCCCGGCAAGAAUUUGUUUGAUUUCAUCGCCGAAUGUUUGUCCAGCUUUUGCAAGGACUAUCACAUCGAGAAGGAAAACCUGCCGCUGGGCUUCACAUUCUCGUUUCCCCUGAAACAGGUCGGCAUCAACAAGGGCAUCAUGAUUACCUGGACCAAGGGCUUCAAGUGCGAUGGUGUCGUUGGCAAAAAUGUCGUCGAACUUCUUCAGGAUGCCAUCAAUCGACGUGGCGAUCUCAAGGUACGCAUUGUGGCCAUACUUAACGACACGACGGGAACCCUCAUGUCCUGCGCCUUUGGCAAUCGGAAUUGCCGGAUUGGUCUGAUCGUCGGCACCGGCAGCAAUGCCUGCUAUGUGGAGAAGACGAGCAACACCGAAAUGCUCGAGGGAUAUCAGACCAGCAAUAAGCCCAACAUGAUUGUCAACUGCGAGUUGGGCGCAUUUGGUGAUAAUGGAGUCUUGGAUUUCAUUCGAACACCCUACGAUAAUGCGGUCGAUAAGCAGUCGAUAAAUCCGAAGCGACAAACCCUUGAGAAGUGCAUCUCUGGUAUGUAUCUGGGUGAAUUGGUGCGUCAUGUGGUCGUCGAGCUGAUGGGUAAGGGACUGUUGUUCAAGGGCCUCGAUUCGCAGGCCAUUCACGAGAAAUGGCGUUUCCAGACCAGCUAUAUCUCGGACAUUGAGUCCGAUCCGGAGGGCAGCUAUCGGCAAGCUGCCAUGAUUAUGGAUCAGAUGGGCAUACGGACGCAUGUGGAGAAAGAUUUAGCUUGUUUACGUUAUAUUUGUCAAACGGUGUCGACGCGAUCUGCUAAGUUGACGUCGUGUGUACUUGCCUGUCUUAUACAAAAAAUGAAUACAAAGGAUUGCUCGGUGGGUAUCGAUGGCGGUGUCUAUCGCUACCAUCCGCAUUAUCACAACUUACUAGUGGAAAACAUGAAUAAGUUGCUCAAAGGCUCGGCAAAAUUUGAAUUGAUUGUUUCUGAAGAUGGUUCGGGUCGUGGUGCAGCAUUAAUUGCUGCCGUAAGCGUUUAAUCUGCCAGAGGCAAA